GUAGCAACACACACACACACACACACACGCGCACACAGACUGGUGCGCAAACUGAAAGCUGCGUGCACUGUUAAUGCUGAGCGGCGGAUAUAAGCGACGUGUGUGCGGGCUGUACAGACUGGAUCUCCUGCGGGAACACUUCAGGUUUGCUCGAGGAUGGGAUAGAAGGAAAUAAACAUCCUGAGAGAGCCUGCUCGCCACGGAAAGGAGUGUUGCCUCUUCUUGCGAGACGAGAGUUGUUUGCUCCGUCUCUUCUCUCCUCUGCUCGGGCUUUUUUUAAGGGGUUUCCUCGAGUGGAGUGGCGAAACAUCGGCGACAUUCGUGUUUAUUUCCUGCAUCGUCGGACGAGACUUGCCUUACCUCCUCGUUUGGAAAACAAGGUGCCCUGACUGGCUCUUCGCACCAUUGCAAAUUAGACGAGAUAGUGCCUGUCUGCCUGCCUGCCUGCCUGCUGCCACACGGAGCUUCGGUACGCUCUCCCAGUUACGGAGCUCUGCCAUCGCACCAGUCCGGCGGCUUCUUCUUCUCCUCCCCCCUCCUCCUCCUCUUCUCCCCGCAGAUUUCUGCUCGACGGUUCCCCGGCUCGUGCAGGAGGAAGCGUGUCCUCGCCGCCCCGUGGAGAAGCAUGUGAUGACUCACGCAAGGCAGAAGGGUUCCCUCAGGCAGAGUGACAGCAGCGCUGGGUGGUGGGACAACGGCCCUCUUUGGCCACAUGGUGGCGCUAUGGGCGACGCAUGGCCUGAGCGCUCCCUGCGAUUUGGCAGAACAAAGAAGAUAAGUGAGAUCAUCAAACACAAAAAACACCCAGACAAGAGGAUGAAAGACAAGAGAGGGAGAUCAGAUCAGAAUAAAAAAGUCAACCAGAGGGGUGACAAGAAACGAGACAGGAAGUCGUAUCCUUUGCGAGGGAGGGCUGGGGUUACGGAUGGGGAGGGGCUUAGUUGCCAUGUUCUCCUGACCCGAUUGGAGGAAAGUGUGCGCAAACAGGAGAGUUCUGAAAAGAGGGAGCAAAAAGAAGCACGCCGGCAUUCAUCUCUCAAACCCAAGCCUAAAAAGGGGAAAAGAGGUGAAAGAAAAGAGGAAAAGUCAUCAACAAAAACCAAAUCAAAGUUAAUCAGCUCAAGUUAUAGCGAGAGCGUUUAUGUGUUACAACCUCGUAAGCGCAGACUGGCCUCCCUUAAUGCAGAGGCAGUCAACAGUCUACUGCUUGACAGAGCGACUAAUUUGCAGCCAGCAGUCAAACAGGCCAAGAGACAGGAAGAGCCAUCAAAUGGAGGGGCAUCCGUGGAUACAGAUCCAACAAGGACUGUUAUCUGUGGAAGUCAUAAAGUUCCACGAGGGAACAUUGGCAAAACCUCCACAUCUCACAAACUUGAACCGUGCCAAAGCCCCAAAAAAGUCAAGAGAGUCAAGAAAGUCAAGGAAGUCAAGAAGGUCAAGAAGGCCAAAGCCAAAGGACAAGAUAUUUGGGGGAUGAGUCAGGAGAGUUUGGAUGCCCCUGCCCCGAGAAGAUUGGCAGGACUCAACGCUGCAGCACUUCUGAAGUUAACCAGCUCGUCUGCAACAAGCAAACAAAGAGUAAAGUCUGUGCCCACUGCUACUGUCACAUCAGACUGUAAGACGCCUGCUGCAACCUCCACACCAAAACAGCAGGCCAGAGUCAAACCUAAGGGGCACUCCCAGAAGCAGACGGGGAAGAAGGAACCGUCCCGGCACAGCAACUGCGAAUCCUGCAAGAACAAGGCAGACUUUGAGCCCAAAGUAGAGUGGGACACUAGCAGCUGCACCCAUCGACUGACCAAACCGGGCUACCAGUCGCGCAGCAUGCUAGCAUACCCGCUUAAACAAGUGAAGGAAGAACAGAUGGAGACAGAACUGAGCCCGUACUACUGCUGUCCUCCUGAGGGCUCAGUGGAAUACUGCCACCGCUUGGCCUUCUUCCUGGGCCAGCAGACCUACGGAGAGUCCGACGAUCAGCCACUUAACUCAGCCAUGACCCCUGUGAAGCACGAGUGCCUCGUAACCUCCCCGCCCCUUCCCCAUACCCACCCGCACACAGCUCUGACCCUCAGCCCCCACCCCUGCCUCUGCACCGCUGAUCAUUGCUUCUCCAGCUACUAUGUCCACAUCGCCCACCCCACACACACUGGAACAACGUCAGCAAGCCUGGCCCAGCGACCUCUGAACUUUAACCCCUCCAGUCUCUGCUCUAAUCGGAUGACUGGCUCCAAGCUGCUCGAUCCACGGGUGUCCCACGGCUCGGGACUGCCCCACCCCGCCUACUGCAACACGGUGGCUUCGCCGUGCUACGGUGACGCCUGCGGGAUCAGUGGCUACACUUACAGAGCCAUGCCUCCUGUCACCAGCAGGGGGUGCUCUUUCAGCACAGGAUGCACUGGAUGUACACACACCAUCAAAACAGAGGGUUACUCCUCCCCUCAGGGUAAUCACAGCCCCUCCCACCUGGUGUCUCCCUCAAUGCCCAUGUCCAGCUGCCCUCUGUCCACUGUACCCACCUCCACCCAGACCAAACCCCACCUGCUGACCCCGCUAUCGGGACGGGACCAGCCCCCGGCCAGGUUAAAGCUGGCCAGGGAGUGCCCACAGAGCACCAAACCCUCCAACGGAUCGCUGUCCAUCAGCCGCACGCGGCAGAAACAGCCGUCACCCCUGCCAAGCCUCGGCAGCACUAAACAAAAGAAGGUCAGCCGUAGACGUGCGACUAAUGGCUGGCGGCCUGUUGGCAUGCCGUCCGAGAGAGAGGUCUUCAUUGCGGGAGAGGAUGAGACAGCCCUGCGGCAGUGUUAUGAAGGAGUGGAGAGGGACGGUGAAGUGAUACAUGUCAGAGACACUGUGCUGCUGAGAUCGGGCCCCAGGAAGAAAUCCCUCCCGUAUGUUGCCAAGAUAUCAGCGCUGUGGGAGGACCCCAAAACAGGAGAGCUGAUGAUGAGUCUUUUCUGGUACUACCGACCUGAGCACACCCAGGGAGGACGAGAUCCAAACGCGCACUGUGAGAAUGAGAUUUUCGCCUCUCGGCAUCAGGAUGAAAAUAGUGUGGCCUGCAUAGAAGACAGAUGCUACGUUCUCCCCCUAGCCCAGUACUGUAGAUUUUGUGCCUUGGUGAGGCGGCGUGCUGAAGGCACGCCACCCGGCAGUGCCAACAUGGUGCCCUGCCGCCCCGACUUUGCCCCCCCUUCCCACCGCUGUGUGCCCACUGAUGUCGACCCAGAGCUGGUUUAUCUCUGCCGGCACGUCUACGACUUCCGCUUUGGACGCAUCCUGAAGAAUCUGCAGUAGAGGCAAGAAGGAGGAGGAGGGGGGGGGGGGGGGGGUGUUCCCAACCGUGAGUUAAUCAUAGUGUAACUUCCACCCACUGCACUGAGGUGGUGUUGCUGAAGGACUGAACUCCCCUGUCUUCAGAGUGAAGGGGGAUGAAAUGGUUUUUGAGGGGUUCAGAUGAAGCAAAAAGUGUUUGUGACACAUUAUGAAGCACAGAUCCCUUUAGUUGACUUCAGGGGGCGCUACAACGUGAGGCAGAGCAACAAUUUUCCCUGUUUCGGAGGAGCGAGGAAGGGACAAUUCAUUCAUUAGCUUGAAGAUUUCAGCUUCCACAGCAAGCCCCCACUUUUCUCUCCUUUUGCCUGCCAGGAAUGCAGAACACCAGAGUGACCUGGGCGACUGUCAGGACGGUGUUUCCCCCAAAGCAUCUCAGCACAACAAUCAUGUUUGUUCCAUUUGUAAGCUAAGGCUCAGGAAGGGUCCGGCACUAAGGUGCUUCCAGGGGUGAACACCGGCCUGCACUGUCAGCUCAGUGUUAACGCUGCUCAACCUGCUAGGGUGAGGGAGCAGCUAAUGGAGAGUGGCGUCUGAUUUCUCCUGGUUUGAGUUUGUCUCACUCAUGUGUUUGUGUGUUCGUGUGUGUGUGUGUGUGUGUGUGUGUGGGAGAACGAGUGUUGUCAGUGUGGAUAAAUGGAUAAAUGUGGGUGUGUGUGAUGGUUUUUUUAGGAGGCUUUCAGGCAAUCAAACCAAACAAGCAGCUUUAGAGAAAGCAGUGCCACAGUGCUCUGACACUGACAGAAACAUUUCCAUCUCACAUGAUGCUCACAUACUGAACCUGAAGGGGGUUGUGGGGCGGAUUUUUCCUUACCAAACUCAAGUCUGAAGAGCAGGGCAGGUCAUUCAUUAGUGAAAAAUUACACUUGACAAAAGCCCUAAUGGUUUUUCAAACUAACUGAAGAGCCUUGUUCCAGAGGGGAUCUUUAAAGGGUCUAAUGGCCCUUUGAAGGCUUAUCAAGAUAAGGGCCAUUGUUCAUUUCUCUUUUCGUUUUCCCUUUUUUUGAUGUGUUUUUCCCCUGUGACUUGCCUUAUGACUUGCAGGUAAAGCUUUAGGCAGCUACUGUCAUCACAUGCAACAAAAAGUGGUAAAACAGGUGUACUGUGUCCCAAGACAACACAUGUUUUGUUGUGUGUUGUCUGACAGACAGCUGUGACUUGAUCACUGGACAACAUACACUAGUUAAGAGCAGCAAUCAAGUUCAAUAACAUUUUUAUUUUUUGUCAGUACAAUGUCAAAAAUAUACUAAAUAGUUCCCCACAGCCGAUUCUUUUUCAGUGGGUUGACAGAUCAGUGGUUCUUAAUACUUAGCUGUUCAUAUAAGUCAUCAGCUGUGCUUUGCCUGCUUGCUUUGCAACCUGAACGAUGAAAUUCAAGUGUCUUCUCACCAAGUUUAAUUCUACAUACAGAAAUGAUUUCCUCCUCCUCCUCAUCCUCCUUCUCCUCCCUCAUCUCUCCCUUGAUGAUAAACCAAAGGAUGUCACACACACCGGAGUCCCCUCCUCCUCCCUCACACUUCUCCACCUUGUCAGCUCUUCUGCUCUUGUUCCCUUUAUUAUAUUGCACUAAUCCAUUCCUUAAUUGCCACAUUUCUUUUACUUUCAAGCUACUGUUAUCCUACCAGGGGGAGAGUGUGUCUUUCAAGUGAGUGAGUGAGUGAGUGUGAGUGUGAGUGUGUGUGUGUGUGUGUGUGUGUGUGUGUGUGUGUGUGUGUGUGUGUGUGUGUGUGUGUGUGUGUGUGUGUGUGUGUGUGUGUGUGUGUGUGUGUGUGUGUGUGUUUUUUAGAGAAGGAAACAAUGAGGUUGCCAUGGCUGCUUUCGUCGAUGCAAACUGUACAUGUGUUAUUGAAUUAUGAAGAGUUGGCAGCGUGUUAAUCAUGUGACUUGAUGCACAACCUGUUGAAUCCAUUGGAGUUUAUACAGUAUAUAUAAAUAACUAGUGUCAUUCCAUUUGAUUCCUUGAUCAGCUCUGACAUACUUACAUAAAUAUACAGUAUAUAUAUAUAUAUGUAUGUAUCCACACUGUUAAUGUGUUUAGAGUUCAGAGAAAGGCAUCUGACGUAGCACCGUGUUAGGCGUGUUUAUGGACUGAAGGUGGGGGUUGGGGGGGUGUUUGAUAUGAAAUUGAGUUGUGGGGGAUUUCAAACCGAACUCAUUCAUUGCCUUGUAAUCUGAAAGUGUUGUACUGUUACUCAGAAAAUGAGUCGUGUCAGAGUGUGUGUACCUUUUUAAAAACAUUAAGAGUACCCGAUUGCUUUCCUACACAGCCGAACGUCCUGUUCUUCAAAAUAAGAUAAGACGUUAAAAAAAAAAAAAAAGUUUUCACCACUUUAAAGCCAUCUGUAACUUUUUCUCUAUUUGGGCAACGUGACUCCUUAAACCUAAAACAAAAUCAAACCCUGAACUUUGGGUUCUUUAUUUCUAUUAAUGCCCAGAUUCUUCAAAGAGGUAAUAUAUAUAUUCUCCUACUUUACAAUUUCUCCUUAUUAAGAAUAUUUUAUUAUGUCGAUUUCCUAAAAUGGCAUAUGCAAUAUAUUUUUAGACGUACUAUUUUUGGAAAAUGAACUUAGCAAAUCAAGCAAAGAAUAUGCAUUAUUUUUGUUUAAGUUCAAAUGAGUUUUAAGAUCAUCACAGAGUUAAUUGAGAUUUGACCAAAAGAAAGAAAGAGGAUAAUGAAGGGACUCGAUGCCAUCACAUGACCUGUAAGGUGUGUGACAGGCGGUGAAGAGCUCCCUCCCAGAUGAUUUUUGAUGAAGUGUAUAUAUCUGAACCAAGGAAGCACCGGGCACUCUUUAAACAAGCAGACAGCCAAUGCACAGUGUAGUAUUUUUGCAAGAUCUGUAAUAAUUAUAUUUAAAGUAAGAAAAAAAUAUUUAAAUGGAGUAAACAAUACGAUAUAUUAAGAUUUCAAUUUAACUUAUUUGGAAAUGCUGUGUCUAAUUGAUGAACUAUAUCCUGUUUGUUUGUGCUCCAGGAUAGAAAUUAUUUGUGUUUAUUUGUAACUUAUAAGUUUAGAAAUUAAAUGAGUGACAGUUGUUGACAGAGAUGUAAGUGUUGUUAAGUUUGUUUCUUUUAGUCGUCAGGGGGUAGAGAGCAGACCCAAGCACACCCUGACAGACAGGAGGGCAGGAGUCGCCUUGAAACACAGACAAAUAUGACCUGGGAUCUGUGCGCAGACGACUUCUUACCCUCAUGUCUAACCUGACUGACCUUAAAUGUAUCGUUUGGGAGAAUGCUGUGGCAACUUGGUCACUUGAGCUUUUAUUGAUUCAUCAGAUUAGGGAAGACAAAGAGAACACCUGAGACAGGACGGGACGUCCUCUGGGCUCCAGGUAGAAGAUCCCCUGUAGGAGCUGAUCUCAGACCAGUUCACCUCCUCUAAAUUUAGCUCAACAUUAGAGUGAGUGUCUGAUAAGUAUCAGGAAAAUGGGACUGUAUGAAAAUCACAAGGAGGGGGAGGGGGUGAGGAAAGAUGUGCGUUAAAUUAUGUACAUUUUGGAUGGGGAUUUGGUUGUAUCCUUUAGGAUAGCAGAAAGUGUGUUUUACAUUUUUGUCCCAGAAUUGUAUCAAUUUUAUACCUUUUUAGGAACUAUUGCUGCAUUGAAUCACAACUCUAACAACUACUUAAGGCCAGCACACUCAUUCAACAUCUAUUAAAAGCCCACAUUUUUAGCAGUUCGUCCUUAAACAUCUAGAACUGCAAUAUUCACCCCCCUCCAGACCAUAAAAGUUUUCAUACAGCCCCUUAUUGGAUAUUAUUAUUAAUGUUUGCAGGUGUGCUGACACAAAUUAAGAUAAAUGAGUACACGUUGUGAAGAUUCACUCAUCAGCUUAUCCACCAUCUGAAUCAGCUGAUCUCCAUAGCCUUUCUCCCAGAUGUGCAUUCACAAUGUUUGUCCCCUAGAGGGCGAAAAUCCUAUGUGUGCAAAAUAGUCUCAUGGCCACCUCCUUCACUGCUUCCUGUCCUGGUCCUCUUUUCUUGCAUCGUUAUCUGUCGGCCACUGAUGCAGGUGUUCUCUAAAAACAGGAGAUGAGGUAGAAAGCUUAACAAGGAGGUAUCCAUGAGUCAUCCUCCCAGAUGCUGGCCCGCCCUGCAACAAAAAAAGCAUGGACUAGCUGUUAUUUUUCAUGUGACUUCAUUUCCCAGCAGCUUUGCAUGGACACCGUUGCAUCCUUUGUUACCAUGACAUCAAAGCAGGGCCAGCAGUCUGGUGAGGUCAGGUUUUGUGUACGUAGGGUGGCAGGGGUCAGACGCACAGUGACCUUCGCUGACGCCACAAUUGACAGACGCACUUGACAAACUCAUGAGAUUCUGCUUUUUAUGUGGUCUGUAUUGAUGCUUCUUGUCAACAUAUAUUUUAUAUAUGGGGAGGGGGGGGUAUAUACAGUGAAAAGUUUAGAUAUUUUUGGAGUAGAGACGCUGCGUGUGUAUCAGAUUAUUGUCACUUUGUCAUGCUCUCCUGAAAAUCUGUUGGAUUUUUUGGAAGAAUUAUAUAACAUCCCUACUGAUUUAAUGUUCCAUUGAGAGAAUAUUUAUAAAUUUGAAGUUCUUUGU